AUGGCAGAGAACGACGUUAACAUGCCCUCCUCCGACGACAACACUAGUUCAUCAGACGAAAGCAAUCAAGCUAAGGAAGAAGAGGAUAUAUAUAUUCCUCUAACAAGAGAGGAAGAAAUGAUCUUUGAUCUCCAAAAGACGAUCAAAGAUCUUAAGCAACGAGAACUGUCUUGCGUGAAGGCGUUAAAUUACAAUGGAAGUUUUCCACCUUCACGCAAGAUGGUUUGCUGUCUGAAGCAUCAACUACACGAGAUCAAGAAAAAGAUCACAAAAAGAAAGAAGAGAUUUAAUCAACUACAAAUAUGA